AUGACUACCCCCCUCCCGUCAACGAGAGCCUUUCUCUCCGACCUCCCCUCCCUUCCACCAGACACCAAAGUCCGCUUCCUCGGUUGCGUAAAAACCUACUCCAUUACCACUGGCCACCUCACCGUGGAACACAACUACCCCCCGCAGAGACCCCCGCCUAGCGUCUCCGUCGACGUCAAUGCUAUCAUAGGCAGUUUAACGUCUGAGGAGCUGCGCGUAGGCGCGUGGGUCAAUGUUAUCGGGUAUGUCAGGCGCGUGCCGACUUUAGAAGAAGUCGCUGCUGCCGCUGAAACUCCCGUGCACGUGGACGCCGUGAUGGUCUUUCCGGCGGGGGCGAUCGCCCUGGGGGAGUAUGAGCGGACGUUGAGCGACGUGUUGGAGGUGGACCGGUGGGUUCGCAGGCCUUGAGUAAUGGCAAAUUCAUAAAUUAUCGAGUAUCAGGAGCAUCAUAACUACUGAGGAUAUACUCUAGGUGAAACAUAUUGGAUCUUGCUAUCUAUUAAUGCUAUCUUGUGGUAUAAUCCUGUCUAUUAUCUAUUACUCAACCUAAUCUGUGUCUAUAUAAUGUUUGGGUGC